CUUUUAUUGGGGAAUCGAAACAACUGGACUUUUUUUCUCGUUGCUAUGACAUUAUACUGCUUCUUGUUCAUGUCAAGUAAGGAGAGGAGAAGUCUGAAUCUUUAAUCUGACACUGGAAUACUGAUUAUUUAGGAUGAAGCUAUCAUUCCAUUUGUUUGGAGUUGUCUGGGUGGCUAUACUUUUGUCCAUCAGUCUCUGCCAGGAAACCUGUACGGUACCGGGUGGAAAACCAGGAGUUCCUGGGACUAGUGGAUCGCCUGGACAAAAAGGACAAAAAGGAGAAAAAGGACAAUCAGGUUUGCAGCUGGAGUUGAGUAAAGAAGAUUUGGUUGCUCUUAAGGGAGAAAAGGGUGAACAAGGUCCCAUAGGAGACAUUGGUGCUAAAGGCUUUGAUGGUCUCCUUGGUCCAUUGGGUCCCAUCGGUCCACCAGGGAGUCCUGGGAGCACUGCGGGCAGCAGAAUGUCUCAUGCAGAAAAAGCAGCUUUUACGGUCGUGCGUAAUUUGAAUAAAUACCCCACAUACAGCCAACCUGUUAUAUUUAAUGAUGAACGUACUAAUUUGAAUAAUGACUUCAGCCAUACAACUGGGAAGUUCACAUGUAAGGUUGCUGGAACAUAUUAUUUUGUGUUCCAUUCUGCCUCUGAGGGUGACCUGUGUCUAAAAUUGGUUUAUAAAAGUAAUCCUGAGGUCGGCCUGACAUUCUGUGACUAUAACAAGCGUACAGGACCCUCCCCAUCUCAGGUUAUGUCUGGUGGGGUUGUGACUAAGCUUGCUAGGGGAGAUGAGGUGUGGCUACAACCUGUUAAAAUCGCCAACAAGGACACAAACAAAAUGUCAAAAACGGAAAUGUCCGUGUUCAGUGGAUUCCUGAUUUUUCCUAGCGGAUGAGGAAAACUUGUAUAAUAAUUCAUGUUACUGCCACUGUACCAUUAUUAGUGCUACAGUCUUUCUGCAAAUCAAGUUUCAAUUUUUAAAUUCUUUCCUUUCAUUCACUGUUCUUUGCAACCCAAAAUUUUCUUUGUAUAACCCAUUAUACAAUAAAACAUUCUGUGAAA